CCAGGCAUAAGGGCAGAUUUGCUACGCAUGCGAGUAACUAUGAAGGCGGCGAAGAAGAGUAGCGGCGCCGCUUUCCUUCCAACAGAAAUCAUCGCCGAAGUUCUCAAGAGACUUCCGGUGAAAUACCUAAUCCGGUUCCAAUGUGUGUGCAGUCUCUGGAAGAAUCUCAUCAACAGCCCAUCAUUCAUCGGCAGCCAAGUCGACCACUCCAACCCAGAAAAUCUCUCUCUUAUUUGUAGAAGAAACCCCUAUUCCGCUACCUCGACUCUAGAUUGUCUCGACCGCCACAUGCAACUCCGCCAAGUGGAGAACAAUCCUUUUAUCGAUAGGUUAAAGUCCCUCGAAAUCGUAGGCUCCUGCAACGGCUUGCUCUGUGUUCAAAUCCGGGAGUCUGGUACUUUACUGUCUCUUUACUUGUGGAAUCCUGCAACUAGAGAAGUUAUACAGGUGCCUAAAAGCAGAACAAGCAUGGAUUUAUGUUAUCUUUGUAGUUUGGGCUUUGCAUUCGUUAACAAUUACAACAUUGCCAUACCCUAUGUGACGCGGAGUAAAAUGGAAUAUGGAAUUGAAGUUUAUUCACUGGCCACAGCUUCGUGGAAGAAAAUACAAAUGCCUUGGUUACAGGACGGACGCUUUCUCACUGAUUCUAUAAUUUUUAAUGGGUCUCUGUUUUGGUUGGCAACAAAGAGAGGUUUGACAUCUCACGAGGAAGAUUGUACUAAUGCCAUAGCUUCGUUGCACUUAGCCAUGGACGAGUUUAGAUUGAUACCACCGCCUCCUCUUCCCAUGAACGAAGUUGAUAAGCUAACGGUGUAUGAGAACAGGCUUGCCGUAUUUCAUUACUCUCACGCUUUCAACGCAGGAAAUACUUCAAUCAAUUUGUGGGUGAUUGAGGAAGGCAUUGGUGGUUCUUGGAGUAAGAUAUUGACUUGUGGCCCUUAUCCAUACUUUGGGAUACCUUUGGCCAUUUGGAGGAACCAGAUUGUGUGCAAUGUUUAUCCUAACUGUUCAGUAGAGCCGAAUGAUAAGAAUGAUGCUGCUGGUAGUUAUUUGUUUGAUCCCACUUCCAAUGAAGUCAAGGUCCUUUAUUCGGGCAGAGAUGGCAUUCUUCAUGCUGUGUUUACAUAUGCUGAAAGCCUUGUCCCCAUUAGCAACAUCCACACUCUGAAAGCAUUGAUUUUAAAGCGUAAUCAUUGUUGAAUUAUUAUAAUGCAUUGCAGAUUUAGUGAUUGUAUGGGCUUUGUUGACGAUGAUAAUUUUAUUGAUUGUAAAGAGAAAAUUGAGAGAAGGUGUGAACUGACAUAAACCAACAGAAUAAGAACACAAAUUAAUAUUAACAACAAUCUACAGGAGUAGAGUACAACUACCAACAGAUUUGAACUGACAUACAAGAACCAUCAAAUUGAGAUUCUAAGAGCAUCCCCAAUGGGCGUGUAUAAUAAGAAAUUAUAUACUUCGUACAUUAAUAUCUCUCCAAUGCGGUUGUCUAUCGGCUGAGUUGGCAAAAGCGCUACACCUUUCUGCAAAUGCUGCUGCUGCAUUUGACUUUUGCUUCCAUUGCCCGAGGUUGUAGGAAUGUUCUGUUGGUUUCCAAGAAUUGAAGGCGCGCUUUUGCCACCUGCUGAACAGCUGAAGAUGACGACUUAUGGUUAGUUAUUUGUUGGACAUAUGAUUUCCCACCCUGUUGUGAUGCCAUUGUUGGAGCCUGGUCAUUUUUGUUACUCAUGAAAGCAGAGCUAGCUCUCAGAAACUGGGAGAUUUCGAUGAAUGCAACUACCAACAAUACUACCAAGACAGCUCCCUUGUUAAACCUCCUUUGUUUAGUCAAUUACAUACUGUGUAGUUUUUAGAAGGGAGAGUUCGGCUAUGUUUGUCCAAUGUGUCUAUGGUCAUUGUGUUCCAUUUUCCUGGGUAAAGCCGCAUCCGGUUUGUAAAGAAAACUCUAUUAGUGUGUUGCGGCUCAAACCGAAGCACACAACAACGAUAAAGAUGGGCAGCUUUGAAUUUCAAUUGGCAUAAAAAUUAUGAGAAGCCAUAAUUUAUGAGAUGAGAAAGAUUUUCAAAAGCGUCUCAUUAAUAAGUCAAUGGAAGGCCAUCUUAUUGUGAAUUUUUCUUCCACCGGUGGAGCAGUUGAGAACAUAGUUGGCCAGUGUGCAAGUUUCAGCUACUAGACAAACUUAUUGGAAAACUACUUCAACAAAAACAUAAGGAUUCCACAAGUAAAGAGACGGUAAUUUACCAAGCUGCCUGGUUUGAAUACAGAGCAGGCCGUUGCAGCAGCCGACGACCUCGAGGGAUUUGAACCUAUCGAUAAAAGGAUUGUUCCGAACUUGGAUGGGUUGCAUGUUGCCGUCGAGACAAUAUAGAAGGGUAAAGGAGUAGGGGAUCCUUCUGAAAAUAAUAGUGAGAUUUUCUCGGUUGGAGUGGUCGAGGUGGCUGGCGAUGAAAGAUGGGCUCUUUAACAGAUUCUUCCAGAGAUUGCACACACUUUGGAAUCGGAUUAGGGAUUUCACCGGAAGUCUCUUGAGAACGUCGGAGAUGAUUUCUAACGGAAGGAAAGGAGCACCGCUACUCAUCUUCGCCGGGUUCAUACUCACUUGCAGCCGCAGCAAAUCUUGCCUUAGGUCUGGUUUUGCAUUUUGUAAUAAGGGUUAAGGAUGUGUUUACUUUGGAUUUGGAUGCUAAUUUGUCCCAGAU